AUGCUGGUCACGAGGCGAAGGCGCGCGGGCGAUGGUAGCAGCGUGCACGAGGCAGGAGGAGGGGCGGCACAAGACAGCGCGGCGGACGGCGGAGCUGCUGCGCCUGGUGCGGUGGUGGUGGGCAACGUGGUGCGGCGCGUGAUGCACGCCAUCCGUGAGGAGGACGCCGCGCUGCACCUCGCGCACGCGCAGGGGCACGGACACACACACUCGGGCCACGCUGCACCAGAUGUGGCCGUGCGGGGGGGAGGGGGCGCGGUGGGGGGCGAGCGGUGGGGCGAGGAGGGCGAGGGCGAGGGGCGGGGGGGAGGGGGGGCGCUUUCAGCGGCGUCGGUGGCGGGGAGCAACCGCAGUGUGCUGCUGGCGCCGUCGCUGCACAACCUGCUCGACCCCGCACUGCUCCCCUCCUCCUCCGCGCCCCUCCCCCCUUCCGCCCGCUCCUCUGAUGGCGCCUCUGCCCCCUCGCCCGCUGCCGCUGCCACUGCUGCUGCUGCCGAGCGGAAGCUAAAGCACGUGGUGAUAGAGCGAAUCAACGAUCUGCUGGAGGAGAUUGACAACCACCAGUCACAGCUCGCCGACCAGGCGCUCGAACACAUCCACCAGAAUGAGGUGAUACUAACGAUGGGUUUCAGCGACACGCUGCUGCUCUUCCUGCUCGAAGCCAGGAAGCGACGCUCCUUCCAUGUGGUGGUGGCGGAGGGCGCCCCCUGCUACGGCGGCCACAAGCUGGCGGCGGCGCUGGCGGGGCGCGGGGUGGCGGUGACGGUGAUAGCGGACGCGGGGGUGUUCGCCCUCAUGGCGCGCGUCAACCUCGUGCUGCUCGCCGCCCACGCCGUCAUGGCCAAUGGCGGCGUGCUCGCUCCCAUCGGGCUGGACAUGGUGGCACUGGCAGCGCGCCGCCACGCCGUGCCCUUCGUGGUGCUCGCCGGCAUCUUCACUGUCAGUGCUGCCCCCCCCUCCACCUCCCCGCCACACCCCCUCCACCUCCCCGUCACCCCCCCUCCACUCGACCUCACCUGCCCACCGCUCGUCUGGAUCCUCACGCUCCUGCCCUUGCGUGCGUCGCGCCCCCCACCUGCCGUGGCCCACCAGGUGUGUCCGCUGUACCCGCAGCAGGCGGGGCUGGCGGGGCUGAACGACGUGCGCUCGCCGGCGGGAGUGGUGGGGCUGGCGGAGCUCGCGCACUGGGAGGGCCUCGCGCACCUGGGGGCUGCCCUCACUGCCCAGGGGCGGGGCAGUGGCAAAGCGGGCGCACAGGGGGGUGAGGAGGCGGAGGGGCAGAGGGGGGAGGCUGAGGCCGAGGCGGGGGUGGAGGUGGAGGCGGGGGUGGAGGUGGAGGUGGAGGUGGUGAACCCGGCGUUUGACUACAUUCCCCCGGAGCUCGUCACUCUGCUCGUCACCGACACGUUAGUCGCCCCCCUGCAUGCCGUCUCGCCCCCCUGCAUGCCGUCUCGCCCCCCUGCAUGCCGUCUCGCCCCCCUGCAUGCCGUCUCGCCCCCCUGCAUGCCGUCUCGCCCCCCUGCAUGCCGUCUCGCCCCCCUGCAUGCCGUCUCGCCCCCCUGCAUGCCGUCUCGCCCCCCUGCAUGCCGUCUCGCCCCCCUGCAUGCCGUCUCGCCCCCCUGCAUGCCGUCUCGCCCCCCUGCAUGCCGUCUCGCCCCCCUGCAUGCCGUCUCGCCCCCCUGCAUGCCAUCUCGCUUCCCUGCAUGCCCUCACUCCCCUGCAUGGUACCUCCUCACCUUCUUCCGCACUCUCUGUUCUCCCACAUGUGCGCAUGGCAGGGGCGGCCACAACCCGUCCUACAUCUACCGCCUGGUGGCCGAGUACUACAGCCCGCACGACCACAACCUCUAG